AAUAUCGGCAUUUGUUGACAUUUGGAAUAAUGUCAAAUGUGGAAUUUUUCCAAUUUUAGUUUAAAUUUUUAGCUUUAAUUGUUUUCGGAUUAGAUGAUUCCGGUAUUCGUUGCGGGUAUUAAGUGAAUAGUUCUAAAAACCACAUAGUGAAAAUGAUCACAUAAAGAUUUCAUCAAAAAAUACUUGAAAUACAUUAUAAAAUUGAUUGCGCUGUUUAUUUAUACUUCGGGGAGCGAAUUUAAAGAACUGAUAGACUAUCAGUGCUAUUGACGAUAUGCACCGCCUACCACUGUGAAGUAUCUUUCCAUAUUAACCAUUAGUACUAUGUUUGGGAAUGAAAAAGCCUCGAUAGGCUCGUUUUGCUUAGUAUUAUGGAAAGUGGAUUUGGGUCUAUGUUAACCAAGACUCAGAGACUCGUUUUGGGAGCUUUAGUUCUUAUUUUGGUUGACGUUAUUUGGGUGUCAUCAUCUGAGCUUACCAAGUUUAUUUACAUCAAUGAGACCUUCGAGAAACCCUUCUUCUGCACCUACAUCAAAACAUCAAUGUUCACUCUGUACCUGCUCGGUUUCCUCUUCUGGCCAUCGUGGAAAGACAACUGUUCCAGGCACUCCAACUACAUGUACCUAGAACAGGAACUCGAGGAGGAUGGAUAUUUCACCGAAACGAACUGCAGCCUCAGCAAUCCUGUUUUUGUUCCAGUAAAAACCCCUGAAAGGGAGAAUCUGGAUCGCGGCUCUGGUACGGAAAGCGACGAUUCCACCGUGAGGUCCGUUAGAUUCAAUAAACUGGCAGAGGUGAGGCAUAUGUCAGAAAGCGAGGCUACGGAAGCUCUUCUGGCAAGAUUGUCAUAUCAGGCUAGCUUGAGGGCAGGGGAGAUAGCUAAGAGGGCAGCUAGCAAGCUUCCUGCUGUCAGGAUAGCCAAGAUUGCUCUCAUUUUCUGUUUGUUGUGGUUUGUUGCUAAUUAUUCAUACCAAGUGGCCCUUGCGGAAACUGAAGCAGGGAUGGUCAACGUUUUAUCUUCCACUUCGAGCCUCUUCACUUUAUUCUUAGCGUCUCUUUUUCCUUCUAACCAAAAUGAUAAAUUCACUUUAUCUAAGCUUGUUGCAGUUUCACUCAGUAUUAUGGGAAUAGUAUUGGUCAGUUUUAGUGAUCUCAGCCUUGAACCGAAAAUUCCAUUUGGAGCAGUAUUGUCUUUAUUCAGCGCCUUUUUAUAUGCUGUGUACCUGGUGUUCUUGCGAAGAAAAGUUGACCACGAAGAUAAAAUAGACAUUCCAUUAUUUUUUGGCUUCGUGGGACUUUUCAACUUGAUUUUGCUGUGGCCUGUAUUCUUCUUUCUGCACUUUAGCAAAGUUGAGGUCUUUGAGUGGCCUACACGGGAACAGCUGCUGCUGCUGUUGCUGAACGGUUUGCUGGGAACAGUUAUUUCAGAAGCCCUCUGGUUAUGGGGUUGUUUUCUAACUUCCUCCCUCAUGGCUACUGUAGCCAUGAGCUUGACAAUACCAAUGACUAUGAUGGCUGACGUCUUUCUCAAAGAAGUGCCCUAUCCUAUACUCUUUUACACUGGUACUGUACCGAUGUUGAUAGCCUUUUUGGCAGUCUCCGUUCUCUCCCAUUACGAUAAUUGGGAUCCAGUCUUCAGUGUUCUACGUUGUGCCUAUCUCAGUAUUUGCCGUCGGACCAGAUUGAUACAUUUCAGGUUCAACGAGAUGCCUUCAGAGCAAACUGAAGCUCUUAUAGGUAUUGAUAACGAGCAUGAGGCUUGAACAGAGACGGCAUCAUUUGAAGUUUAAAUGGAAUCUUUUUAUAUACUAUAAAAACCGACUGUGGUGCUUAAUAUCUAUAUAUAUGUGAUCGUUACUGUUUGUUGAUAUUUGAUUAUUUUUCCUAUUUAAAGAUAUUUGUGGAACAAUUUAUUUUUCUAUUCUUUUUUUUUUUUGUUUUUUAUUAUAAUUUUUCAAUGUGAUAUUCGAAAUAUGUGAAUUAUUUACGUUGGUCAUUCUAGAUCUAAUUGAGUGUUUUUGACUGUUCCUAGUAUUUUUUAGCUUGGAUGCUUGAGGUAAAGUCUGACUUGUAUUCAAGCUGAAGCCUAGUUAGUUCGUUAAUCACUGAAAUAAAAUUUUAGUCCAAAUGAUAGUACCAAUAAA